UGUGGAGAGGAGACACUGUACGCGACUUUGCCGGAUUGUGUCCUGAUUGUUCCUCAAUAACUUACUUAGCUGUCAUUUUAUUUACAUUUCGCCCGGCCAAAAGCGGCGAUAGUGUUCAGAACAGACUGUCAUUUCCCCUCCCGUAAGUUGUACACAGGGGAGGCUGAAAUCUAUCCCUCAGUUUCCCAGGGAUCCCUCGGCUUGCCCUGAUGAAGGCCGAGCAAGACGGAGACCGCCUGGAAGAUGACUCCCAGCAGGAGAAUGGAGCCUCAACAAACCAUUACAGCUCCAUAUCUCCUCCCGCCUCCCCCAUGGUCCUGGAUGAGCCCUUUUCCACAUACUUUGAGGAAAGGGUGCCCAUUCCAGAGAACACCAACCAGAUGUUCAGUUUCCGUAAACUCUGGGCCUUCACUGGGCCGGGUUUCUUGAUGAGCAUUGCUUAUUUGGAUCCAGGGAACAUUGAGUCCGACCUGCAGUCUGGAGCAAAAGCUGGAUUUAAGCUUCUGUGGGUGCUCCUUGGAGCGACCAUUAUUGGACUGCUGCUGCAGAGGUUAGCGGCACGUCUCGGGGUCGUCACCGGGAUGCACCUGGCCGAAGUCUGCAACCGCCAGUAUCCCACUGUUCCUCGGAUCAUCCUUUGGUUGAUGGUCGAGUUGGCAAUCAUUGGCUCAGACAUGCAAGAGGUCAUUGGCUGUGCCAUAGCUUUCAACCUUCUCUCUGCGGGCAAGAUCCCACUUUGGGCAGGAGUUCUGAUCACCAUCACAGACACAUUUGUCUUCCUCUUUUUAGACAAAUAUGGCCUGAGGAAACUUGAAGCCUUCUUUGGCGUUCUGAUCACUAUAAUGGCUAUUAGUUUUGGUUAUGAGUAUGUCCUGGUGAAACCAGACCAGGGGGAGCUUCUGAAGGGGAUGUUUUUACCGUAUUGUGCCAACUGCGGUCCUGCACAGCUGCAGCAGGCAGUGGGAAUUGUAGGUGCUGUCAUCAUGCCCCACAACAUCUACCUGCACUCGGCGUUGGUCAAGUCUCGGGAAGUGGAUCGCAGAAAAAAGGAGGAUGUCAAGGAGGCCAACAAGUACUUCUUUAUUGAGUCCACCAUUGCCCUUUUUAUCUCUUUCCUCAUCAAUGUCUUCGUUGUCGCAGUCUUUGCUCAGGCUUUUUACGAUAAAACCAAUAUGGAGGUGAAUGCUGAAUGCAACGCAACUGGCAGCGCUCACACGGAUCUGUUCCCUCUCAACAACGAAACUCUGCAGGUGGACAUUUACAAAGGGGGAGUGGUUCUCGGCUGUUUCUUUGGCCCAGCAGCUUUGUACAUCUGGGCUAUAGGGAUUCUGGCAGCUGGACAGAGUUCCACCAUGACAGGCACUUACUCUGGACAGUUUGUGAUGGAGGGUUUCCUGAACCUCAAGUGGUCUCGUUUUGCUCGGGUCCUCUUGACCCGCUCCAUCGCCAUCACACCUACACUCCUGGUUGCCAUUUUCCAGGAUGUUCAGCACCUGACUGGGAUGAAUGACUUUCUUAAUGUGCUUCAAAGCAUGCAGCUUCCAUUUGCUUUGAUUCCAAUUCUGACCUUCACAAGUCUGACAUCCCUCAUGAACGACUUUGCUAACGGACUGUUUUGGAAGAUUUCAGGUGGCAUCGUCAUUCUGAUGGUUUGCGCAAUCAACAUGUACUUUGUGAUCGUUUAUGUGACGGAGCUCAACAGUGUGGCGCUCUACGUUCUCGCUGCUUUCUUCUCUGUGGCCUAUCUGUGCUUUGUGAGCUACCUGUCAUGGCUCUGUCUGAUUGCCCUGGGAGUUUCAUGCCUGGACUUUGGCAGCAGGACACAAAGAGGACUGUCUCGUCACACAGACAUUUAUUUACUGGAUGAUAUGGACUCUGAUACGCCGGUUGAGAGAUAAUAGGACGAGUGGACUCAUCACUGAACUCUGGUGUCGGUAGACGGGGAACCGACCUUCCUGAGGCGAGGGACCCCUGAAGUUUGGCCAGUAUGUUUUUGCGUUUACAACUCUCAGUGCCUAAUGUGUUUACUAGUGUCCUUAAAGUGCGCACACAAAUAUUCUGAACCGUUAAAAUGAUGGACAAAUGUUUGCCAAAACAAAUGUCUCAUCAGCUUUGGUUGACAUGUUGAAGAGUAACUGGUUUAAUCUGGAUCUCAAAAUGAAACACAUCUGGACUUCUGCUGCUAUACCCUGAGGAGCAACAUCUUAUCUCUGACAUCAGGAAAGAACUUAUGGCAUCAAAAUCUCAGUGAUAGUUGCCAACCAAACAUGAAAUAAACAUUUUCCAUUCUUGAGAUAAGUUGAGUUGACAGAGUUGUGGGUUUGCUGAGGUAUCGGUGCAGUAUUUGGAUGUUUGUUUUAUCGACUAAGUUAAACACACUGACAAAUGUAAGGGCCGUAAGGUGAUAUUUUUAGAUAUACAUUUUUAACCUUCAUUUUUUCCCCUUUCACAUGGUCGAACUAAAAAAGACAAAAGUGUGAUUACUUCAUAAUGUAUUUGACGAUAUGUAAAAAUAUUUGUUUUUAUUGGGGACCAAGACAUUUCCUACUCAACAAGAUCAAAUAUUUGUUUAGAUAUUAAGUUAAACCUAAUAUCAUGGGCAGACGUCAUAAUUGGUAUAUUGAAAAUGUACAUAAUACAUAAAAAGGCAUAAGUAUUUAUAACUGGCUACAUGUGUAUACAUGUAAGAUACUGAAAGUUUUAUUACAGUUUGCUUUGGUUUAAACAAUAUUUAAAAAGCCUCUGCAAUAAUCAUGUACAUGUUCAUAAUUAUAUUUUUUUGGUUAAGGGGCUUUAAUUUUGAAAAAAGCACAUUAUUUUUUCUUGAUGCUGAACUGCUGCUGCUCAUCUCCCGUCCGUUUAAGGCACAUCUCGGCCCGUAAUGAGUGGUCAGAAACGGUAGAGUGUAGCGGGUCAUUCAUGGUCAUAGGCUGCCGUUUGUUCUGCCACUUGGUGACUGUUUUAAAAAAAAUGUAAACAUCAGUCUGAGCUCAAAGCUGCUUUUACUUAUGCUGGUGCUGAUGUCGGCUGCAGAAAGGCAGAAGUAAAAAUAGACAGAUUAAUUUUGUCUCACAUGAAUUUAAAGAAAUUAAUAUUAUUGUUAGAGAGAAUUAAAAAAAAAUAUUAUUAUAUUGUUCUCUGAGCUUUUCUAACGUAGUAUUUUUUUUUUACUCUAUUUUUUUGCGCUUUACUGCUUUGUCUUAUUUAUUUAAAAAAUUGUCGUGAUCUCCCCGCAGUCAGUCAACUUUUGACAUUGUCAUCAAGUACUAUGCACCGUUAGUUAUGGGGGGGACGACAACAAAGCACCUUCAGGCAGUUCAGCAGCAGCGUUGCAUGUAGAGGAGAAUAUCAACUUUUUAAGGUUGGGUUUUGGGAUUUCAAAUUUUGCAGACCUCUUAUGGACAUACAAAAGUUUUAUAUCACAUUGAAGUAAAGUUGUUUUUUUUUUAAAAGCUAUUAGAAAAAGACUGUUUUCAGAGAUGUACAUUAUGACACUAAAGCUGGGGGUAGAAAGAUUGAAUAUUUCAGUGAUGCUAUUGCAUUUUAGCAGUUGUUAAGAAUAAUAAAUACAUUGUAAUAAAAAAAAAAGAAAAGAAUCUGGCGCUACACAGAGACUUUAAACCACACCUUACUUCUCCAUGCGACCAAUUUUCAGAGACUGAUUACAUUCCCAUCACAUUUAGAUCAUUUGGAAAUUUUGUGUCAUAGGUUUGUUUCAAAGUUUCGUUAUGAAGGACAGAUGCCGAAAAUUAAUUGUCUGUAGUGUUUAAUAAGCUUCUGUCUCCAUCUUUUAAUACGUUUCUGAAAAACACAAUAUAAUUAUUUAGUGUCUUUUAUUCUUUAUUUCAUUUUUCCUUCUGAAUUUCUUUAUUAAUUUACAAUCUGACUAUUUCAAGAUGUGUUUAUCUGCUGUAAGUUUCUAAUUUUCUAAAUGCCACCUUGUCAAGUUUAUUGUUUUUACCUUUGUCUUUUUUGUUUUCAAAUGUUUUUAUUCUGUUUACCUUCCACUUUCCGUAAGUUAUGAAAACAGCUGUGUUUUGAGUCAGCCACUUAUGUGCUGAGAUGUGAAGCGUCCACUUUGUCAUUAAAAAAUGUAGCUUGGGAGUAAAACUCAGCAGCUGAGGUGACCUGCUGAGGUUGGUAGAUGAUAAGUGUCAACAAUGGCAGUAUCCUCACUGUGAACACUUAAGUAAUUUUAAGUGGAAUCUGCUGUAUGACAAGUGUUCGGGGAGUUUUCUAAUUAAAAAAACAAACAAGUUUGCUUGAAAUGUCAGACUAUUUUAAACAGCCUGUGAGACCAAACUGCACCGCCUUAAUAUCUGUCUUCUGAUAUACAUGAUUAACUUGACCUCGUAGCACCUUCAUUAUUAUUUUACUGAACAAAAAAGACAUUCGACAAAAAUGCAACAAACCUUGUGAACACAUGUUGAUCAUAACACAUGACAUAUGCUAUGCACUGCUAGUUUGCUCUGUGUAAUAAACCCGCCCUUUCCUGGAUAGCAUAGUAAUAUCAAACUGUAUUCCUUUUGUUUGUAAUAAUUACGGUGCAGAAAAACUGCAGUGCCUGCCACUGUUCACCAGUGUGCCUCAUUUACUGGCUCUGUAGCAUUCUUACAAUAAAACAGACAAACCAUCAUUUGAUCACAUGAGUAAUAGGACAAGGUGUUUUUUAAACUUUUUUUUUUCACUAUGCAAAGUCACCUUCAUGAUCAUACCAAAAAAAGGAAAUGCUGCUGAUUUUUGACCAUCUUUUAUGCAACAAUCACUUAAUAUGCCUCUAUCAUGCGGGAAGCAUUUGGUUGAAGAAUACAUGCCAGUGUUUCCGGCUGUAUCCAGGGGGAUUACCAGUUUAUUCUCAGGCUUCUGUUCUCAAAUGUCUUGUGCCCCCGGUACAGAGGGCUCUGGUCGUCAAGGGGUAGCUGCACUUCUGAAUGUAGCAGUACCACUUCCAACCUCAUGGGGGCAUACAGACCUACUGCGUUGACAAAAGAGCCCCUGGCAAUUCUGUGGCGGCGAGCAAAGACGGCCCGGUGUGCCUAUCAGUUUGUCUUCAUUGCGUCUCACGCCAGGGACUUGCUUGUGAAGUUUUUUGUGAUAUACUUCCUUCAUGCGGUUAUAAGUUUUAUUUCUAGAAAGACUGGUUUUAUUUUUUUAUUUUUUCCUUUUUUCUUUUCAUAAAUUGAUGCACCACGUGUCUCCUAAUUUAUUUUUAAGAAAAUGAUGUUAAUAUGGGAACAUUUGUUCGUAACCCUUUCCUGCUUUAGUGUCCAAACUGAAAACUGCUGCUGUCCUACAAGUUAUUUCAGUACACAUGAAAUUGUACAGCAUGGAUAAGCAUUCAGGCCACAUUGAAGGGUGCCAUAUGUAUUUUCUAUUUGAAUAUUGUUAUUGAUAAAUAAAACAAGUAAACAGUUUAAAUACUGUUUCUUAAAGAUAAA